CUACUGCGCAUGCUCUUCGCCUCCUGCGCGCCCGAAACCUGCGCCCGCCGCACCUGCCCGCCUCGCCCGCGUCCAGCUGGGCAUCCCGGCUCGGACAUGACGGCGCACUCCUUUGCCCUCCCGGUCAUCAUCUUCACCACGUUCUGGGGCCUCAUCGGCAUCGCCGGGCCCUGGUUCGUGCCGAAGGGCCCUAACCGCGGGGUGAUCAUCACCAUGCUGGUGGCCACUGCUGUGUGCUGUUACCUCUUCUGGCUCAUUGCUAUCCUGGCCCAGCUGAACCCCCUGUUCGGGCCCCAGCUGAAGAAUGAGACCAUUUGGUACGUGCGCUUCUUGUGGGAGUGACCGGCGCUGCGUGUGGCCCCAGGUGUCCAGUGUUCCAGAUGGCCCUGGCUCCAUGUUGCUGGUGACAUCCAUCCCACCUUCCCCGCGGCUGUCCUGGUCCUUCUGUGUUCCCCUGUGUUAGCACCUCAGGGUCCACACACUCAGGGCCCACUGGGUUCUAGGACACCCUGUCCUCUCGGCCAGGCAGGGGUCUAGAAGCCCUGAGCUCAGACAGGCUGGAACCAGGAUAUCCCUGGGGUCUCCUCUCCUUCCUCCUAAGCAGGUCCUGGGAGCAGCUGGUCCAGGUGGGAUCCAUCUCUCACAGGUGUGGCAUAGGUGAAGACAGUGGAGCCCAAGGUGGGGUCUGUCCCUGUCAGCUGUGAGGUAUCCAGUGCUGUCAGAUUAGAUGUGAAAUUUCUGAAACAGUGUGUUAGAGAAACAUUCACACACCAAAAAUCAGCAUAGUGCUUUGGGCUAAGACUGACUGCAGGACGUUGAGUGACCUUCGUAGCUGUGAGGACCCUUCAUGGUCAUGUCUCUUCAGAAUGUUCUGUCCGGCCUGCCUUCUGUCCCCUCCCUGGGGCCUGUCAGCUGAGCAUGGUUGCCCUCUUCCUGUCCAUUGGGAACCCUGUACUCAUUGUGCUGUGCUAGCAUAGACCCCGCAACCCCUCCCAGCAGCAUCCAAGUGACCAGAGCUGGAGGACGAGAGGCAGGUGAUGCCACUGGAGUGGUACUGGGGCGCAGGCUCCCAAGGCAC